AUGGCUAACGUCUCAGCAUCCGUCCGUGGUGACAUGAGCCAGUGGAGGAAGAAUCUCUCUGCCCAUGUCAUCUGUCCGGAGUGCAGGGAGGUUCCGCCGAAUCUGGAGUUUCCUGACUCACACGAGACGGUAUGUGGUUCGUGUGGACUCGUGCUCGCCGACCGGGAGAUCGACAUGCACUCGGAGUGGCGGACGUUCUCGAACGAUGACCAGAACAACGACGACCCCUCGCGUGUGGGAGACGCCACGAAUCCUCUGCUGAACGGCGACCAGCUGGAAACGCAGAUUGCGAGUGGUGGUUCCGGCCGUGCGCGUGAUCUGUACCGCGCGCAGAACAAGCAGUCGAGCGAGAAGGCGAACAAGGCGCUGCUGGCCGCCUACAAGGAGAUCGGUGCUCUGUGCGACGGCUUCAACAUCCAGAAGAACGUCGCCGAUACGGCCAAAUACCUGUUCAAGAUCGUUGACGAUGCCAAGGCGUUCAAGGGCAAGUCUCAGGAUGUUAUCAUCGCAGGCUGCAUCUUUAUCGCCUGCCGGCAGUGCAAGGUGCCCCGGACCUUCACCGAGAUCUUCGCCGUCACAAAGGUCACGCGCAAGGAAAUUGGCCGCAUCUACAAGGCGCUGGAGAAGUUCUUCACGGCCCAGAAUCUCGAGAGAAUCAAUGCCGUCGUGUCAAGCGGUGGUGUCCCGGAUCCCAACGACACCUACACCGCCACCACGUCGACGAAGCCCAGCGAUCUCUGCAAUCGUUUCUGCAAUCUCCUCGAUCUUCCUUACCAGGUCACGAGCGUGUCGUCCGCUCUGUCCGAUCGCGUAACAACCAUGGGAGAUCUCGCCGGCCGCUCUCCCCUGUCCAUCGUCGCUGCCUGUAUCUACAUGGCUUCGUACCUCAUGGGCCACGGAAAGUCGGCCAAGGAGAUCUCCCAGGUCGCGCACGUCAGCGACGGCACCAUCCGCGGCGCCUACAAGCAACUCUACGCAGAGCGCGAGCGCUUGAUCGAUCCGGAAUGGAUCAAGGAUGGAAAGGGUGACAUGAAGAACCUGCCUGCCAGCUGA